CCCAGGACCCAGACCGCGCUUCGUGAUCCUCGCCAUCAGUCGCGACACAGAGAGCGCGCGCGCCACGAGUAGAUGCCGAUCGCCGCGCUGUCCCUGGACUUAAUAGGCGCUCGCUGACAACGCUUGCUAGCGACACACACGCGCGCGUACAGCCACGCGUUCGUGCCAUACACAGGUACACGUAGACACACACCCGACCCAACACGCGUGCACAGAAACGCAAGUAAACACGCGCACGUGCGCGCACAGCUACACGCGUACAUACUCGUUCACGUGCACGUGUAUACAGAGGUACAUACACACGUACGAGUACACUCACGCGUGCACACAUUGGGAUACACACGCAGGUGCACGUAGGCACAACCGGGUGAAUACACACACACACAGACAGACGCGCAUACACAAGCACAUUCAGAGUCGCAGGUACACACACACACAAGGGAAUUUGCACACUCGCACACGGGCAAGUCUACACGCAAACACGCACGCUCACACACUCAUGCAAACGCACGGUCAGCUACACGCCGGGACGACCCCAAAGCUCGAGAGCGGGGUCGCGUUUGGACCCCGCGGCGCGCACGGGGCUCUCCCCGUCUCGGGGGACCCCGGGGGAAGCAACGGGGAUCCCGGCACCAAGGCGGAGAGGCGGGAGGAGUCGCGCGAGGUGAAGGCGGUGAUCGUGGGAGACGGAGCGUGCGGGAAGACCUCGCUGCUCAUGGUUUACGCGAAGGGCGCUUUCCCCGAGAAGUACACCCCGUCCGUGUUCGAGAAGUUCUCCACCACCGUGGCGCUCGGCAAGAACACCGUGGUGCCGCUCUCCCUGUGGGACACCUCGGGACAAGAGGACUACGACCGCCUGCGCCCUCUCGCCUACCACGACACCCACGUGAUCCUCAUCUGCUUCGACGUCACGAGUCCCGACAGCCUCGACAACGUCUUCUCCAAGUGGGCCCCCGAGGUUGGCCACUUCUGCCGCGGCGUCCCCGUCCUGCUCGUGGGCUGCAAGAGCGACUUGCGCAAGGACAAACUGCGCCUGCGGCGGCUUCGCGAGCAGGGCCAGGAGCCCGUGACCUACACGGCGGCCACGGAGGCGGCGCAGCGCAUCCAGGCUCACGAGUACCUCGAGUGUUCGGCCAAGUUCUAUGAGAACGUGAGCUCCGUGUUCCGCGACGCAGUGCAGCUGGGGCUGCGCACGCAGCGCAGGGAGAGGCGACGUGCGGGGCGGAAGGCUCGCGCCUGCACCCUGCUCUGAGCCAUCGCAGCCUCCACGCCUCCCCCCCCCCAUCCUUUCUCAAACAUCCUCGAUCGUCCUCGUCUAUGGACGUGACAUUGACCGUUGGGAUGGACCAAGCAGUGGCCUCCUCCUGGACUUCCUCGGCCUCGCCCGAUCCUCUUCGGCCAUCGAUGACCCCAGUGGCCGCGUGAUGGACCAAACGAUGGCCUCCAACAACCGCUGAUGAGCUUCUCCACCCACCACCUCCCACCCCAACUCCUCCACCCACCACCUCCCACCUCAACUCCUCCACCCACCACCUC